CGCGUGUGCAGGGUGGAGAAGUGGGCACAUUUCGGGUCCCCUGGGCACGGUCCCUUGGUGGUGGCACUUGGCUUGUGGCAAAGGGCAUUGAGUUGAGGUUGUCCCCCAGGGGUAGCUGAAAGGGAGGAGUGAGAUGGCAGCAGGCCGGGGAAGAUGAUGCCUCCAUGCAGCAUGUCCUUGGGGGAAUCCUGAGGAUGGGGGGUUUCGGCAGCGAGGACAGGGAAUGCUCAGCCCCUGCAGCAGGGAAGAAAGGGGGGCCCUUGGGAUUCCUGGAGCCAUGGAGACACGGGGGAUACACCGGGGGCAGGGAGCCUUCUGGGUCCUGUGGUGCACGGAGGAGGCCAGGGACAUUCUUUGGGGAAUCAUAGAGCCAGGUGUGGAGAGGUUCCAGGUUCGUGUGUGCAUUUUCCAGGGCUCAUCUGGUGCAAGGAUGCUGUGCUGCAGUAAUGUGAAGGCCUGGGAGGUGCUUUUUCCUCAGCUGUGCUCUAUGAGGCUGCAGUUCUCCCUCGUUACUCCUCAUCCUCGUCCUCCCACCGUUGUGGCUCUCUGUCCUCUGUUAUUUCAGUCCUGUCCCACCUCCCAAGGUCUGCCUUGCUGUGCUCAUCCUCUUUCCAAAUGCUGCCAUCCUGCCAGGUGCUGUUGCUGCCAGCACAUGAAGUCAUGUGUAUUUCCCUGUUUGCUUUCUGUUUUUAAUACCAGUGAGGGCACAGGGAUGAAAGAUUUGGGUAUGUCAGUGGCAGCCUGCUGUGGGAUCUGUUGGAAUGCCUGAAGCCUUGCAGGAAUGAAUUCGUGCCUCUAUCAGCACUAUCCAAGAACCUUUGGACAACACAAAAACUGCACCUGGAAAAUGUAAACCAAAGCAUUCUGAUUUCAUAGUUCAGCAUUGUCCCAAUAAUUUAACAUUGGUUGUAGGAAUGGCUAAUGAAAUGGUGUUAAUUCCUUCCUUACACUCCUCUAGUGACUUAGAGCCCUCAUGGAUGUUUGUGUGUUUGAUGAAUGGUUUGCAAAACUUGACUGAUUAAUUAUUUUAAUAGGUUAUGAUCCUGGCAAGAUGUGUAUAUAGAAAUAUAUGUCACUUUUUAACUAUAGGCACGGUUGACUUAUAAAAGAGCCACUAAAUUAGGCCUGGUGGGGAAAUGCAUUUAUUUAUCUAAUUCAUGUCUGCUCCUCAGAUUUUCUUUUCAGUAGAUAAAGCAGUGUUCAAAAGCUCAGCUGAAAUUCAAGGAAAUGAAGGAAACAGUGGAAUUUUUAUGGCUAAAACUAACCUGGACAGGAAGGGGAGGUAUCAAGACUACACUUUUGUCUAUGGCCCUUAGCUAACUACCAGGUGAGAGGUGCAUAAACCAAAUUUUGAUGCUUUUUGCAUGUAAUUUCUCCUGCUUCCCAACAUACCCAUUUCAAGGAGUGUCAGAGAGCAGCUUGAUGGCUGCUGGUGUGGCUGAGGAGGCUCCUGUACCAAAGGCUGGUGCCCAAGCCGUGCUGAACAGAUAAGGGGCAGUUCCUGGCCAGCAAACUUCCUACAGUGGUGAAACUGAGCCUGAAUCUUUUAACCAGCCCUGGUUUUCCAAACAGUUCCUCAGCUGGAUUUCUCAGGCUGUUUGUGGUGCUUUGCAUUGCUCUGCUGUGGUAGGAGUGGAACUUUGAGUAGUUGUACACAUGAGGCUAAAAUUAGGCAGUAUUUUAUGGGUAAACAUCAGGUGUUGGUAAAUAAAUACACAUUUAAAACUUAAAAUACUCUGUGCUGUGUUUCUGCACAGCCAUGCACUGGGGGCUGUGUGAUAGUCAAACAUAAAAUGUCAUCACUUUUUGUAAUCUUUGCCAAAACCAAACCAAUUCCCAUCUCUAGUCAGUGCUUAAGUGUGUGUUUGUAUUGCCUGAGUCGUGUGAUGAGGCUGCAUGUCCUAAAAACAGAACAAGAACACAUGUGCCUUGCCGGUUUAUUUGCUCUGAGGCCUCCUGAUGCUCAUGGAAUCACAGAAUAUCUUGAGUUGGAAGGGAUCCAUGAGGAUCAUCCAAAUCCAGCACGAUAUUCCAGAAGUAACUGGGAAACUUCAGCUUGGUGUCAGCUGCAUGUGCAAAACUACUUCUGUUUUUAGGAAUGCACAGCAGUGCAGAGGCAGGAAAGAAUCCUGAAAUUCAUCAGAACAGACAGAAGCUGCUCUGGGAGAAGCUGUUGUUGCAGUGCUUUGUUUUGGCCAUUUUUCCCUUCUCCUUGGACAAGAGCAGCGCUGGAUGUGAGGAGCAGCCUGGCUGUGUCCCAAGUUGGAUGGGGCCCUCGGUCCAUGCAGUGUUGAUGUCUUGCUCUGUCCUGCUCUGGGCCAGCUCAGCUGUAGCUUAGUCUGAAAACAUGCUGUGAUUAUUCCAAGUGUCCAGAGGACUUGUCUGCCUGAAAGUGGAGUGGCUUUUGCUGCUGGUGGAGGACUGGGAGAGCGCUGGGAUGAAGCAGGGGGAAUUGUGUAGCACUGACACGACUGUCAGAGCUGUUGUCCUUUUAUCAUUGCAACUGUUUGGGGUAAACAAUGUCUCUGGAUCGCUUCCUUGGCAAGGAGGGGGUUGCAGUCACUUCCAUGUUUUCUAUAAAUAGGAGAUUGCUGAUCUCUGCAGCAGGAGCAGAAUUAAAGCUCGUGUCACCCUGGCUGGUGGCCUGACCUACCUUGAUUAACACCUUAUAGUCCAUUUUUAAUCUUUAAUUUCUUUUUUCUUAAACCAGAACAGGGCGAGUGCAGCAGGGCACCUGGGAACAGACCAGUAAUGCAGAAUAACCAGCUCUAGAGCUUGGAAGAAAAGGCUUUUGUUUGUGAAAACAGCCUCCAGCAGCUUUUGGGCCUGCUGCAAAAUGUCAGCCAAGGUGCUGAAGUUUCUGACCUUCAGGUUGUAUGGAAAGAGGUGCCUGUGGAGAAGAGUGGGGAAAAAAGGCUGGGAAAUGUGGUUUGUACAGUCAGUGAGGAGACUCUUGGGUGGGGUUCAGCUCUUACAAGACUCCAGGGAAUCCAUGCAGGAGUUUGAUGCACAAAAGCUGCCACAACAGGAGCCAUUUCUUGCAGUGCUGUGUCCUUGUAAAGGUGGAGGUGAUUUUCAUAAGUCACAAGGCUCCAAGCUCCCUUUGUGUGAGGUGAAAGCAUUGUGCAGCGUGUCAGUCUGUGGCUUUUCUUCAUCUCUGAUGACCUUUUCUGGCCUUUAAACUACAACCUGGCAGUGGUUUGCUGUUCCUCACUGCUCAGGCAGGUGCUCAGCACUCUCAGCCACCCUUCAGAGUCUCAGACCUGUCUGCAAGCUGCACAUCUUCUGCUUUAGGGUUUCCACAAAUAUUUGCAUUUGUUGCAGAUCAAAUCUCCCUUUCCUCCAUGGUAACUCCAAGCUUUCCCCUGGGAGAAGUGUUUGGGAGAGGACUGGGUGUGUUUUAAUCUGAUUGCUCAGCCUUUGGAAACAAGAAGCCAGUUCCAAAUUUGUCCACCUGGUAUUUCAGAGGUGCUAACCUGAGAAUCUCCCAUUUUUGUGGUAGCUGGAAUAAUCCAGUGAGUUUUUAUCCUCUCUGUUCUGUGUCCAGCCUUGUGAACAUGCAUUUAUCCAGGGAUAAUUGGAGGAUUUGAUUAACCAGGACACAGUGGAAGUUCAGUAAUGGUGAAGGGGAUCGAGCUCUGCCAGACAUCCUCAUUUCCUCAAAACUGGAUGUGCACACACAGCUUCCAGCAGCUCCCUGGCAUUGCUGUGCUGGGAGAGGCAGCAGAAAAGCAGGAAUUGGGGCUUUGAUGUGAGCACAGGGGUUCUUCCCAACCUGGGGUGGAAGAACCUUGCUUGUUUUUAAACUCCUGCAUGGGCCACGCAGGGUGGGGGUGACAGAGCUUCUUUUGGGGGAGGAACAGGGAAUGUGAGGCUUGGAAGUGGGAGCAGGGCAAGGAAUAAAUGCCACUUGGAGAAGUAUUAGUGCAGCUCAUGCCUAGAUGGAGACUGCUUUUCCAAGUCCUUUAAAUUCCCGUGCAUGUGACCAUGGAAACAGCAGCGUGUCCCUGUGUUUGGGAAAUCAGCACUCCUUAUAAACCCACUCCAGCAGCCUUUCCAGCUGGUCAGUGGGAACUUGGAAAAACCAAUUUCCAUCCUUGCUUUGGGAGCAGGAUUAAGUAGCCAUUUUCUAAGGGUGUGAAUUUCGGUGACUAUUAACUCCUUAAAAUAAAAAUACUUAACUCAGUGAGCUAUUGCACUGAGAUACAUUUCCUUAAAAUAGAUUUAAUUGCACUGAAGUGGAAUUUUCCAGGAAGCUUGAGCUCUUCAGAUCUUUCUUGGAAAGGGAUUUCAGUUCUCUGUAAAGAAAACCUUACCAGUUUUCUUUUUCUCUCAUUAUCUCGAAGCUCUACUUGCUGUUAAUUUAUGUCCCUCUUGCCUUCUGGGUUAAAAAGAGAUGGCCUUUCUUGCUUAUGAUGUUUGGAGGGGUGUUGUUUUUCGGCACUGUGAGCCAAGAGAUUGAUUUUUCCCAUAAAAUGGCCAUCGUGGUGUGAACAGCUGGUUCAGGAGAGCUGCAGUAAUGCACUUGUGGAGCUCAGCCAUCACUGUGGCAUUUUCACUCUCUGUAGUUGUUUGCUGACCAAAACAGGGUAAGAAUUAGUUAUAAAAUGAGUGUUAAAGCACAUUAAGAUGAAAUUAUUUUUUUCCUGGUAAUACUUUCUUAUAGGACUUGGAUAUCUAAUGACAAAUAACGCGUAGCAAUAUACAAAUCCUAAAUUUUUGUGUUAUUUAAAGGAAAUUGUUAUUUGAAUCUUUCCAGGAAAGGUUUUAAUUACAACCACUUUAAUAAUGGUUUGACUUUCAUAAAUUUCACUGCAGGUUAUCAGGAGCUCUUGCAUGAAGCUUUGACAUCAAAUGCCUUCCCACCCUGUUAUUUGGAGGUAGCUGCUGGUGGUGGAUCUCCCAUGGCACUCACUUGAGUGAUUUAUGGAUUAGGGAGAAGGCUUUGGGAAAAAUCAGCCCCUUCUGUGGGAAGAGAGAGUGUCACUCUUGGUGCUGUUAGAGAUUCCAUUUGGGCAGAAUCCUCCCUUUUCCAUGCAGUAUAAAUCCCUUCCCUGCCUGACUUCAACCUGCCUGCAGUGGGAAGGGCUCAUCUCACCCAUCCUGGGGCCAGAGUAUGGAGUGUGUGAAAACCUGAGGAAGCUGGAGAUCACAGGAGUGUCCUGUCGAGAUGUUUACGCCAAACGUAUAAACCCACGGGUGAAGUCGGGGCGUUUUAUGAAAAUCCUGCCCGACUACGAGCACAUGGAGUACAGAGAUGUUUACACCUGCCUGCUGCACCGCUACCGGCACAUCCUGGGAUUGUGGCAGCCGGAUAUCGGGCCCUACGGGGGACUGCUGAACGUGGUGGUAGAUGGUUUGUUCAUCAUUGGCUGGAUGUACCUGCCGCCUCAUGACCCUCACGUGGAUGAUCCCAUGAGAUUCAAACCCCUCUUCAGGAUCCAUCUGAUGGAGAGGAAAUGUGCCACGGUGGAGUGCAUGUAUGGUCACAAGGGACCUCAUAAUGGCCACAUCCAGAUUGUAAAGAAGGACGAGUUCUCCACCAAGUGCAACCAGACGGAUCACCACCGGAUGUCAGGGGGGAGGCAGGAGGAAUUCCGGACGUGGCUGAGGGAGGAGUGGGGUCGGACUCUGGAAGACAUCUUCCAUGAACACAUGCAAGAGCUCAUCCUGAUGAAGUUCAUCUACACCAGCCAAUAUGACAACUGCCUGACGUACCGGCGCAUCUACCUCCCCCCCAGCAGCCCCGACGACCUCAUCCAGCCAGGCCUCUUCAAAGGCACCUACGGCAGCCACGGGCUGGAGAUUGUCAUGCUGAGCUUUCAUGGGAAGAAAGCCAAGGGCACCAAAAUCACUGGAGAUCCCAACAUCCCAGCUGGACAGCAGACUGUGGAGAUAGACCUGGCACAUCCUCUGCGGCUGCCUGACAUCGAGAACCUGCGAGACUUCAGCGAGCUCUCCCGUAUUGUGCUGGAGGUCCAGGAGCAGGUCCGGCGGGAGGAGCAGGAGCGGGAGCAGCGGCAGGAGGAAGAGGAGCAUUCCCAGCAGGCUGCCUCCCAGCCUGCCAGUCCCCUGGGAGGAGAAGGUGCUGAGGGGGAAGAGACUGCAGCUGGGGCAGAGGGGACGACCCAGGACAAGGCACCAGCUUCCCAGCCCUUCGUGCUGCCCAUGGGAGUGAUAUCGAGGAACGAGGAUUAUCCCCGGACCUGCCGGAUCUGUUUUUACGGGACGGGGCUCAUCGCUGGCCACGGCUUCACCAGCCCCGAGCGGACGCCGGGAGUGUUCGUCCUGUUCGACGACGACCGCUUCGGCUUCAUCUGGCUGGAGCUCAAAUCCUUCAGCCUCUACAGCCGCAUCAAGGUCUCCUUCCAGAACGCCCAAGCGCCUUCCCGGGAGGCCUUUGAUGAGAUGCUCAAGAACAUUCAGUCCCUGGCUACUUGAUGAGUGGUUGGUGAUGGACAGGGCUCGGGGUGGCAAAGGCUGCUGCGCUCCCCAGCCGGGGCUGGGCUGGGGAGUCCUCGCUCUUGGUACCUCUGGAUAAAAGCAUGCACUUUGAAUAAAGCCUUUUUACCCCAAAUGUACACACAUCCCAGUUCAGACAUCCAUGACUGCCCUUUUCCUCUGUGCUGCUCCACGCUGCUUCCCAGCAGUCCUUGUUCCCCAGUCUGGGCUUUUUAGAGCUGAAGGGAUCCUGCAGAGGAAGGAACAGACCUUCCUUAGUGCAAAAAAAGAGUAUAUUGGGACAAAACCAACACCUGGUCAGAGCUGGGCAGAGGAACAGGCAGUGACAAAGCACAUCCUCCUCUCCAGAAACUUUUCUGUGGGUGCAGCAUUGCCAGGAGAGGCUGGUGUGAUAGCUGCGUCCUUGGCUUGGUAAUUGGAGUGUGUGGUUUCCUCUGGAGAAUUCCCUCAGCAAGGGCAGGAUGAGAGUGCUCAGCAUUGUCCUGGUUUCUGGAGCUGGAUGGAUGUGCUGUCCCUGGAGCUGCAGGUCUGGGUGUCUCCCUGAGCACAGAGAUGAUGAUUUCUCCUUGCAGGAGCUGGCUGUGGCACUGGAACUGGGUGUAAACUGCAGAAGCUCUGAUGUGUUCAGACUGGUUUGUACCUGGAAGGUUUUCUCAGAUCUUGUGAAGUGGGUCUGAAAAUGGAAAGGAAGGAGCAAAAAAGAAACCCAGCUGUGAGAUGAGCCCAGCUGGGCAGCAGAAGGUGCCACAUGUCACUGGUCCUGUGUGACCCACAGGUGUCAUUCCUGUUCAGGAUGUCCUUUGGAGUCCAAAGGAGUGACAAGGGAUUGUCCUCCUAUUGUGUGGCUCAUUCUGGCUCCUGGAAUGGUGGGUGCUGCUGGGUGGGUGCUGCUGCCCCACUCACAGGGCCCUUCUCUCCCUUUCUAGUUUCACUUGUUUUAUCCCAGGUGAUUUUGUGGCAGAUCUGAGCUCUGCUGGGAAUUGUGUGCUGCAGGAGAGGAAGCAGAUUCCCUCUAGACUGUGCUGUGCAGGAAAAUGCUGGCCAGUGCUCAUCUCCAGGCUGUGAGCUGUGCUAUAAACCAGCAGCACUAACACAACCCUUUGUUGCAGCUGCUCUCUGGCUGUGAGGACAAACUCCAGGUCCCUUCUCUUCUCCCCUCAUCAGUGUCUAACAAACCCCUGCCUUUACAUCUCUGCAGUUUUAGGUCUUUAAAUGUGUCUGUACCUGUGCUGGGAGGUUUCAGGCCCCUUCUGUGGAGAAGUUUUCAGUCCCUGCCUGGUUCCAGUGCCUGUGAGCAGCUUUUAUUCUCACUCUCACAAGGGCUUUUUUGCCAUUUCUGGCUCAUGAGGUCUCUGAGCUGUGUGAGAACCCAGGUUCCAGCAGGGAUGCUGAGCAGCAGCUCAUGUCACUCACAGGAUUAAUUCCUGUCUCUCUGAACAGAGUUCUCCAAACUUCUGGGAAUUUGAAGGUGAUGUAGGGCACUUUUUGCUGUGUUUCCUGCAGGUUUGUGAGGAGUGGAAAGCCUGCCUCAGUGGUGGGGGUGAGGAGCUGUUAGAGGCUUGGUGAAUAAGCUGUGAAAAGUAGGUUGGCUGUGAGCAGCCUGUAGGGGUUUUCCUGGCAGAGGGAAGAGCCAGUUUGGAUCACACAGGGCUGGGGAGAGAGGGAGUAGUGACUGCUCUCUGUGUCUUGGUGAGUGGGCAGAGAGGUGACCUGGAGCUGAAAUUGGGCAUCUCAGCCUUCUGCUGCAGCUGCUGAGCUCUGUGCACAGCUCGUGCCUGAUUUGCAGACUGAGGUUUCCAGCUUGGUGCAGGUUCCUGGGACAACUGAAGAUGUUCAGAGCUGGGUUAAUGGUUGGACUCGAUCUCAGAGGUCUUUUCCAGCCUGAAUGAUUCUAUGUUUAGGGCUUUAUUUGGUGUCUCAGUGGCCUGUUUAUCUUGGAGUUUGCCAUUAGGCAAUCUCUUGUCUGCCUUGUGUUCUCCCUCACAGCCCAAAGGGAUGGGAGAUGUCCCCUUGGGCAGCUGUUCCCAUUGCAUGUCCCUAAAACCAGCUCUUCUUCAGCUGGAUCCAUAGCUCUGAUUGCAGAUUCCUCCUCCCCACUUCAAUAUCCCCACCAAAAUAAAUCAAAAUCCUGAAAUUUUACAUUACUGACUUGAGAAUUUUUGCUUUUAGCUUUUAAAUUACGAUUCACAUUUUUUAAAUGGAGAUUGAAAUCCAGAUUGCAUUGAUUGCCCUGCAAGUGCUUGGCCUGAGGCUUGAGUUGCUCUCCCAAGUACCGACCUGUCUGUAGCCUCUGUCCUUUGUCACCUGGGCAAGGUGUCACCUGUUUGCUCUUGGCACAGGUUGUGCAUCUGCUCUUCUCCAGGCUUCUUGUCCCUUCUGCCAAGGGUCUCUUGAAGGCCAGACCUGCUUGGCUGGCUGGAGAGAAGGGCUUUGGUGGAAGUUGAUGCCCUGUGGGAAUUUUUCCCAGCUCUGCCUUGCCCCUGUAGUGGCAUCUUUUUAUUUAUAACUUACCUGGCUGGCCUCAAAACGUCAGGAUAAUUCCUGAUUAAAGGGAAAACUGCUGGUACCCCCUGGCUUUGUUCUGUCUGGAGCAAAGGAAAUAGCAAGUUUUGUAUUAAUAUUCCUCCUCUGAUGCCUUUUCUCACCUGCUGCUGCUCCAAGCCUGGCAGGCUUUAGUGGCAUUUCAGAAGAAAAUCCCCUCUGAUUCAGCUGAGGGUGAGGAAAGCUGUGGAGAUGGAUUUGGGAAUGCUGCAGGUGCUCCUGUGCCAGUUCCUUUGUGCCUGGCUCUGUCAGUGCUUCCACAGCAAAGCAGGGUAGCACGGAGUUAAAACUCCCAGCCCUGCAAUCUUUGGGAAAGGGGAGACAGAUUUAGGAGCAGGCAGUUUGGAUCUGAUCCCCCGUGGCCAGGGGGAUGCUCCUGCUUUCCCCAGUCCUGCUUUUCCUCACGGGAAGUGGUGCUGACAGGACAGGGCUUUGCUGUGCUUGCUCGUGUUUGGUACAGGCUGUUCCACCCCCUGCCCAGCACUGCAUACCCCAUGGCUUUCCCAAAUCCCGGUUCUCCAGCCCCCUGGGAUCUUUCUGGGAGCUGUUGACAGGGAUAAUGUGUGCUGGGGCCCUGCAGAUGGUGAUCAAUCUCUGCUGCCGACGUCUCCUCGUCCUGUUGGCUCUGCAGGAAAUCUUGGGGACAAUUGGCUGGAUUUCUUCAUCCCAGAUGGGUGGAAAGUGCUGGCGAGGAUGGAAAACAACUUGUCAGGGGUAGGAAUACUCUUGGCAGGAGCCUUUUGGAUUAAACAAAGCCUUUGCAGGGAGGUUGCAGAGCCCCAAUGGCCACUGCAAGACCUGGGGCUGAAUUUUGGCUCAGGGACAAGAAGUGACUGGUUCAUGUGCUGGGUUUUGCUCCUCCAUCAGAACACAUGGAUUUGGCCAGCUGGAAAAGAGGAACAUCAAAGCUCCAGUUUGUUUGCCUUGGGCCUGAUUUGAGAGCUGUGAACAUGCUGUGCUUAGGCCUGGUGGUUGUGGGAGACUCUUCCCUCCACGGGGAUUUGUCAGGCUGGGUUUUACUAAGGAUGGGGAAAAAGGAUGGAAUUGUUUGUGGAUUCAGGUGUCAGCUUCUCUGUGGAGUGAACAGCAGUGCUGCUGUUGGAGGGCAGCUCCUUAGGAAAUGUGUGCUGGGGAGAAAGGGAAUUCCUGUGCCUGGAGCUGUCAGCUCCCAGGAAAAGCCCAAACUGCAGCUGGCUCAGUGUUUACUUUUCAACAAGGAUGACUUUUUCUUGCUUUUUAUUAAUUUAAACCUAGUGGAACUCGAUGGGAGUGUUGGCUGUUGUGUGGAAAUGGGUUGUUUAGGCUCGACUUGAUAGUUUAGGGAAUGGUAAUGUGUUAACUCUGUCUUGUAGCUGGCUGCUCACGUGGCCAAUAAUCCUCUGUGAUGUUCAGCUGCCAAAGGCUCGUGCUGCCCUUCCCAGUGGAACAGUGAAUUUUUUGGGAUGUGGAGUGGAAGAUAGAGGUACUAAACUGUGAGUGCCACUGACCUUUGGGUGCUUUGUGUGCUGAAUUAAAAUGUGUGAUUCUGGUUUUUUGUUUGGAUUGCAAUCUUUGGAACUUUUGAGGCAAAGAGCACUCUGCUCGACCGUGUUCAUUAGCUUAAUUAAAGCAAUCUGCACUUUUGUUUUGUCAUUGAUUACUCCCCUUUCCCUGUUCCCACGUGUAUUUUGCACUCACCACUUUAACAUGACACUAAUGGAUUGAUCUGGGCAUUUCCUGUAGGUUUUGAGUGUGGAUAAGUCUCGAUAAAGUAUUAAAAGUGAAGGUGAAAGAUAAAUCCCUGCUUUGUACAGAGGGCAGUGGGAGGAAACCACUGGACAUCCACCACCACAGAUAUCCAUGUGGAACAUGAGCAGUUGUAGUUUAAACACCUCAGCUGCCCAGUCUGCUCCCCUGCCCAAGGGCUGGGGCUUUGCCUGUCCUGUUCUUACUGGCUCUGAGAGGAACAGGAUGUAUAAAAUCAGCACCUGGCCUACUUCACCCUGGGUUUUGGAAAGCUGAGCAAGCCCUGUGUGUUACUUUUACACCUGAUCAUUGUUACCCAAGGAGCCUUUUCCAAUUUCAAAUAAUAAAAAGCAAAGUUUUGUGAACUUA